CCUGUUAAAAUGCCCGAUCUCAUUAUUCGUCUUUUUCCAAGAUGGCGUCGAUGAGGGAGAGCGACACCGGCCUGUGGCUCCACAACAAACUGGGAUCGACAGACGAGCUGUGGACACCUUCGAGCAUCGCUUCUCUACUCACCGUGUCGGUCAUCGACAACAUACGGCUGUGUUUCUCCAGUCUGUCGCCUCCGGUGAAGCUGAAACUCUUGCUGGGGAUGCUGCACCUCCCGCGCAGGACCGUGGAUGAGAUGAAGGAGGCUCUGUCAGAGAUCAUUCAGCUGGCCACUGUGGACUCUGAGCCGUGGGUGUUAAUGGUGGCUGACAUCCUGAAAUCAUUUCCAGAGACUGGCUCACUAAACCUGGACCUGGAGGAGCAGAACCCUAAUGUGCAGGACAUACUUGGAGAGCUGCGUGAGAAAGUAAAUGAAUGUGAAGCAUCGUCUAUGUUGCCUCUGGAGUGUCAGUAUCUGAACAAGAGUGCUUUGACUACGCUGGUGGGUCCGCUCACUCCACCCAUCAAGCACUUCCAGCUCAAGAGGAAACCCAAGAGUGCUACGCUCAGAGCUGAGCUGCUUCAGAAAUCCACAGAGACUGCCCAGCAGUUAAAGAAAACUGCAGGAGUGCCAUUCCACUCCAAAGGAAGAGGUCUAGUGAAGAAGAUUGACACCACAACGCCUCUGAAGGGCAUUCCCAAAGCACCAUUCCGCAGCCCUACCACCCCAAGCAUGUUCAGCCCUCCCAGUAACAGAACCCCUAUCGCCCCUGCCCGCACACCCCUGCGCAAGGAACGGGGAGUCAAGUUGUUGGAUAUAUCUGAAUUGGAUAUGGUAGGAGCUGGGAGAGAAGCUAAGAGGAGAAGAAAGACUUUAGACACAGAAGCUGGAGAAAAGGCGGCCAAAGAAGAGGCGGUGGUGGAGAACGCAACGCCAGACUACGCAGCAGGCCUGGUGUCCACACAGAAACUUGGGGCACUAAACAACGAGAGUGCCCUGCCAUCAACCAGUUACCUUCCCGCCACCCCCAGCAUGGUUCCUUCCUCGUCUUAUAUUCCCAGCUCAGAGACACAGCCAGCAAAUGCAGGUGGUUCAGGGCGUGAAACUACAAACCGGCAGUCAGAGGAGUCGACCGCCCCAAGUGCCACUUCUGCUUCAUUACCCGGCCAGUUUAAACAGCGGCCGCCCAUGUACAAUGCCAGCACUGCCAUUCCCACGGCCCCCACCUCACCCACCACACCAACCAGCACGCCCAGCAACAAUGCCCCACCCCCCGCCGCCACAGCAGCACAGCCAGACAUGCCCACGCAGCCGCCCACCACUGCAUCCCAGCCUGCACCCACGCCAGCACCCCCACAAACCCAACCGAAAAAGAACCUGUCGCUCACGAGAGAACAGAUGUAUGCUGCGCAGGAAAUGUUCAAGACUGCAAACAAAGUUACACGGCCAGAAAAAGCCCUCAUCCUGGGCUUCAUGGCAGGAUCUCGAGAAAACCCCUGUCCAGAGCAGGGUGACAUCAUUCAGAUCAAACUGAGCGAGCAUACAGAAGUACUGCCUAAAGCGGACGGAACCGGCAGCACCACCAUGCUGGUGGACACAGUGUUUGAGAUGAACUACUCUACUGGGCAAUGGACCCGCCUCAAGAAAUACAAACCCAUAACCAAUGUCUCCUGAGGAGGACCGGGUUAACAAACACACACUCAUUUGCUCAACAUGUAUACAUUCACACACCCCUCUUCAACGCCACCUGAGGAGUGCUUUAAAAUACAAAUUUCAUGUACAUGCGCUGUACAUAUUUACGGGCCAAAUUCUGAGGUGUAUUGGGAAUAUGCGCUAGUGAAUUUCUGGAUAUUGGUUUCAGACAGUUGAAAAGGAGUUCCUGUUUGGUUGACCUCAUGUCCUAUCUCUUUUCCUGCGUUGCCAAAGACAGGGACCUCUUAUAAGACAGCUGUUUUCUUUAUCUUUUUGUUAAUGAUUGUAUCGUCUCUCAUUUUUAGGCCCAUUUCAGAUUUCUUAGUGUCUGGGAAAUGAGGCGAAAUUGAGGCGGGGCUUGUUAGUUUGUGUCUUAACCUACUUUUGAUUGACAUGUUAUUAAGAGAUCUUAAAAGGGUACAAACAUACUAUUACAGUGUGUCCUAUGAACGAAACAAAAAAAUCUGUCCGUGUUUUCACACUGAGAAUGUUUAAAACGUUUUCACGUUCCUCCUUGAACAGACAAAAAAAAGAAAACAAUAAACAAAGUGUAAAACAGGUUCUUUUUUGUUUAGUACUCUUCAAGAACAUUCUUUUUUUUAAAAAGGAGGAAAUAAAUUAAAACGGGUCCAGAUUUGAAUGAGUCGUUUGCUGAAGCUUUAGUGUAAAUAAUAUUGUAUUUAUGUUGCACUGUACAAUCACAGUCACAACCCGAAUCACUGCCUUUCUAACAACCUUCUAGUUGUUGCUAG